AACGCAUAUUCCACAGAUUUGAAGCUCUGUUGAAAGUGUAGUUGCAAUGACAGCAAUUUCAGAUGAAGAAAAAAACUACAUUAUCAUUCAGGUCAUUUUGACAGGAAUUUCGCCAUUUGCUGUGCGUAAAGUAUUCGACAAAGAAUUUCAUCCUUCAUGCUUGAAACAAUUUAUCAGAAAAGAACUCCCAACGAUCUAUCAGCUGAGAAAAAAGGGAGUUUUAAAACAACCACAAAUCGAUCUUCUUGAUCCAAAAAAGGGCCAGGUACCUUCAUCAACACAGUUUGAUGUUUCGUUAAUGCUUUGUAUGUUGAAGAACUUUACAGAUAUUUGUGUUUAUGAAAAGACUCCGGAUCCGGAAGAUACAAGUGUUGCAGCUGAUCUCAGCAGAAUUAAGCAUUAUAGAAACGAUUUUGCUCACCUUAAUGAAAGUAUCUUAUCUGUAGAAUCUUUCAAUUUAAUUUGGACCGAUCUGACUGAGGCCAUUAGACGUUUAGGUGGAACAAAUUUGUUAAGAGAAUGCCACGAAGUGAGUAAAAAAAAUGGAGAGUUUAGAUGAAAGAAAUUAUAUUUGUGAGAUUUUCAGCGAGAUGCAAAGUAAUAGGAAGGAGAUACAAAGAUUAAAAGAAAAACACAGAUGGGAAAAAGAUUUAUUAAGAGCGGAAGAAGAGGAAAGAGCUCAAUUGCAGGAGUUAAACAUGCAUAAAUAUGACAUUGAGAAAAACAUUGAAAUUAAACGAAAUUGGAGGAAACAACUUCACAGUCAAAAGUUCAUUGAAUCGAAAGCAGCACUUAAUACCUUUGAGACAAUCCUACAUAACAGAUUUGUUGCAAUUUCUGGAGUGUCCGGAUCUGGUAAAUCAAGUGUGGCUCAAUUUAUAGCCUUGCGCAUGUCAGAAAGUCAUGGAUAUUUUGUCGUUUCCGAAUGGCCAUCGUUCUGUAGUGAUUUUCCUGCAAUGAAUAAUUAUGAAACAACCUGCCCCAAAAUUUUAUAUCUUUAUGACGAUUAUUUUGGAAAAUUUUCGAUCUCAGAUCAGGACCAGUUUGAAUUGAAUUUGAUGUUUGAUAGAAUGAAACGUAUAGCAGCAACUAACAUAAGGUGCAAGUUUUUAAUUACGUGUAGACCAAAUACAAUCAAUGUAAGCAACAUAAAGCACUAUCUUCCAUCUAUUGUAGAGUGUGAUUUGCACUCACCGGAAAUGUCAUUAUCAAGAGAAGAACGUCAAAAGAUCUUCGACUUAUAUAUCCCUGACAAUGAUGAGGUCAAUGGUUAUCAGAAUAACAAUUUUUUACUAAGUACAAAACAGCUACCAUUACUUUGCACGUUAUAUAGAAAACAAUUUUGUAACAGUAUAGAAGAUUUUUUCUUAAAUCCUGACAAAGUUUUAACAGAUAAAAUUAAUGAAAUGAGAGAAUCAGAGAACUUAUCAUAUAUCUGUUUCGCUCUCUUAUUAGUUGCAGGAGAACUCCAUAUAACAACAUUGAAGGAUGAAUAUACAAAUUCCGAGGGCUAUACUAUUUUACAGAGCGUCAUAGCAGAGUCAGGUUUUAAAUCAACACCGAAAAGUCGGAAGCUAUUACAGGCGGGAUUUGAAUCGAUAGAAGACACAUAUGUUAAAAGAGAAGGAAACAAAUGGUUGUUUAUACAUGACAAAAUACACGAAAAUGUUGUAUCGAAUAUCGGCACGAACUUUAUACGAAGCAUAUUAAAACACGCUAAAUAUUCAUUUAUUGAAGACCGAAUAAGACUAGAAUCCUAUAAAUGUGAGGACAGUAGCCCCAGUGCUGUUAUCAUUUUAAAUCAGACUUAUAAUGAACAACUCUUUAAAAGACUUUUAAAAGAAAUUUCGCGUCAAAAUAAAAACGUUUUUGUACACAUACAAAAUAGAAAUCCAGGGUUUAGAAAUGCCUUCAUAGAAUAUCUCAGAAUUCAUCUGACUGAAUUCUGCGUAGAAUAUUUCAAAACACCACUUUUCUUAUCGUCCAAUUUGGGUUAUGAUGACUUCGUCUUAUUCAUAGUUGAAAAAUGGAAAGAGCAAUCUAGACCUUCAUUAAUUUAUCGAAUAGAAUCACCAUUAUCUGCAGCAUGUUCAAUGGGACAUAUUAAUAUCGUUAAGAUUUUGAUUGAAUCAUCCACAGGAAUGGACUAUUUUAGUAGAUAUCCAACAUUUGCAAUUGACGUUGCUUGCAGAAAUGGAUACAGUAACAUUGUCGAGUUAUUACUUUCACAUGGUAUCUACUCAGAUCUUUCCACUGCCCUUCAAAAUGCAUGUCAAAACGGCCACAGUGAAAUAGUGAUACUUCUUCUGAAUAAAGAAACAUUCUAUAGUAACGGGCCUUUACUUAUUGCUUGUGAACAUGGACAUGACGAAAUUGUCAAGAUUUUACUGAAACACAAUUUUCCUGUCAGCAAUAAUGGUGACAUAAAUACACGUGAACCGUUAUACUAUGCUUCAAUGAAAGGACAUAUGAAUAUUGUUAAACUAUUAUUGAAAGCGGAGGCGAAAGUAAAAGAGCAUGAUAUCAGUGUUGCGGAGUGGAACGGCCAUGAAGAUAUUGCUGAAUAUUUACGAGGACAUAUGAAUCUGGUCAUUUAAAUACAGCGGAUAUUCUGUUAAGAACAUAUGAUUUGCUCAUUGUUAAAGGUCUUGCGGUAACCUAUUGAUGUUAAGUCAUUUGGUCUCCUGUGGACAGUUGUCUCAUUAACAAUAAUGCCAAAUAUUUUUUAUAUAUACAUAGCUCUGCUACUGUUAUUUGCCUAGCUUCAGCUACAAUGUAUGUUGUUUAAGAAAAAUAAUUAUCGUUUGACACAGAGCGUUGUUAUUUGACGAUAACAAGCCACUCGUAUCUUAAACGUCCCAUAGCGAAAUUCCAACAUCGUUAAAAUACACUCUUGGUAUGUUACAUAUGAUUUGUUUUCAAAUUGCAUAGUACUUUUUUUACAGUUGAAUUCCAAAUAUAAGUAUAUGCAGGUGUAAAUGUUAUUAUUAUUCAUACUGUAAAUUCUUGAAAGCUUUAUGAUAUAUAAACAAACACAAUCAAGUGUCUUGGGCUCGUCAAUUACUUAAGUGACGUUUAUGACAAAAUGCACAUCCGGUGCAGUAAAGAUUGCACCGUUAAUGUAACUAGUAGGAUGGAUGUUAUAUAUUUAUUCUAGGGGUAUAUAACUUAAACAAUAGCUAAGUAUUUUUGAACUGUCUCUUGUUUUUAUUUGGAAUACUAUACAGGGGCCGGAGGGAAUCAAAAAUAGGAAUCCCCUUCGUCUAAAGCUAUAUAUGAUUUCCUUGUUCAAAUUUUCCUU